AUGGCGUCCCUUUCUAUCGAUGACCAAGCUCUCCUUGCUGGCAUCAACUGUCACAUGCGUCACCUCAUCAAUGGGACUUUCGUUUCAGACCUCGGUUCCGAUCCGGCUUUGUAUUCGUGUUCGGGUUCUGAUUCAGAUUCCGAUUCAGAAUCUGAAAAGGCUGUCGAACCACGCGACCUGUUGUUCAAUGUGAAUACGAUCCAGAAAACGGUUGAAAAGGAUGUGAAAGUUCGCUUUCGUGGUGCUGCUCGUCGUUUGAUGCCGGGACGUCGGCAAGGAAGAUGCAUCGCUUACAAAAUGCACCCAGGAUUCUUCGCCGAAAAGUUCAAUCGCGAUUUCACGAAGAUUUUGACCGAUGAGCAACCAUUCUCUCGUGGUGGAGCUCAUUACAUUCGCCCACUUGGGUCAAUGCGUUAUGCGCUCGAUGUUCUUAACAAAUAUGGGGACAAUGCCUGGCUCGGAGACUUCGGAGGAGAGCGCCCGAUUGAGAACGGCUCUGUUGAUUAUGAAUGGCCAGUUGCUUACCAUGGAACGACGGAUCCACGUGCUGCAUCAAUUAUUACUACUGGUGGACUUGAUAUGGGGAAAGGAACGCGCUUUGCUUUUGGUUAUGGUAUCUACUGCACACCAGACCCAAAGACUGCACUCGCUUAUGCAUCUCCUUACAAACACAAUGGAAAAUGGUACAAAUUGAUCCUUCAGGCUCGUGUCGAUCCAUCUCAGCGUGAAAUUGUGCCCAAGUCUGAACACCGUGUUCCUGGCCUUGGCGAUUACUGGAUUGCCAAGAAAAAUGAUGCCAUUCGUCCAUAUGGAAUCUGUGUCUUUCCGUGUGAAGCUCCUUAU